AUCAACCUGCACAUGCCGCGGGAAGGAGUCAACAUGGCGUCCUUCGAGGGGUCGCCAAUCUUUUUCUUUACGAAUAUGGAAGCUCGGUCGAAGUAGCGCUUGGAAAAGUUACAUAAACUAAGAGGCCAUUAGUCUUUGUAAUAGAAAUUGACGAUGAUGUUUCAACAACCACCCCCACAGGGGCUAAAGUUCGCUCCAAAGCCAGCGACUUCAUCCACCGUUCAACCAGCUACAACUUCAGAAUCACAUGUACAAGAUGACAAAGGUUUUCGACAACCGAUCACUUUUGAUGGCAAGCGGAUGCGAAAAGCUGUUAUGCGUAAAACUGUCGAUUAUAACUCUUCCGUUGUUAAACAAAUUGAGGUACGAUGCCCUUUAGUUCCCGGUUUGUACCCAAAACGACGUUUACGUUCAGACAUGGCUAUAAACUCCUUUCGAAGGUUUUUCUUUCUGUCACGAAAUCACAGUUUUCACCUCGGGCCCUUUUAUUAUUAACUAAAAGGGUUUUGAAAUAGUUUUAUAUUCCGUCUGCCGCUUAACCUUUUUCAAUUAAAUAUUCUGAUCUUAGUAUAAAGGCGUAUUUCUCUCCUGCAGGGCUUGAGGAAUGCAUUUAAAGCUGUCAUCGAGUGCUUUACUUUUUUUUUCUAGUUGUGAACUGCAAUGAUUUCUACGUUUUGUUGGUGCCCCUUAGGAGGUGCAUUGAAUAAAUAAACGAGUGAAUGAAUGGAUAACCAGAAAUAUUAUCUAAAUCCAAAAAAGUAACGAAGGCUGCAAAUUUCAUCAGUGAUUGUCAGAAUUCGGUGCAAAGACAAAUACAAAAUUACAUGCAUAAUCAAUAUGCAUGCUUUUUUUGGCUGUGACAAUUUUGAAUGAUUGAUUGCUUUGAACAGCCUGCUGAUACCAAAUGGCUUUUAAUUUCUCGGGAAGCGGGGCUGCAUGAUAAAAACUGUGAUUGGUCUUAUUUUGCAAGAUCCAUAAAUCCAAUAAUUUUUGUGUUAACUAGAAAAAAAUCAAAUUGCUUUUAAAGCUCAUACAACUUAUUUGUCCAAGGAUGUUUGCGGUAUUAGUAAAUAAAGCCUUAAAAAUUCAUUUUCCUUAAAAAAAAAAGAUAGAGAAUGCUGAAACUUUAUAGAGUGCUUUAUUGGCCUUCUGCCAUGUCCUGUAUGGUGAAUUGAUAAAGAAUCACAGGUCUUGAUUCUAAGUAACAAACUAGUAAUUCAGAAAACCUGGCAAAUAUUUCCAAGUCUUAAAGUUGAUUAAAAUCCAAUACUGUAGUUUUUCUUUGCUUCCAAUUAAUAUGGUGUCGUAACCAUGAAAAACAAAUUCUAAUUGAUAUGCUGCUUCUCCAUUCAUAUCUUGAGAAAAAAAGCUUCGUUAGUAUUUUUGUUGGAUAGCAUAAUGCAAUAUUGAAAUAAGAUGGGUUAGGUCUAUGUUUUUCGUACUUAAAAGUUUUAGUUCAAGGUUUUUUGCUUUUUUCUCAGUAUAACAAAGAAUAUCAAACUGAUAUGCGCACUGUACUCACAGCUUUAUUAAUUACUCUUGCAUUGCAUAUGUUGCAGUUAAUUUUUAUUUCAGGUAAUUUUUAUUUUUCCUUUGUUUCAUAUUCAUUAGCAUACAUUACCAAACCCAAAAACCAAGUAAAAAUAAGAAUUAACUCCAACACAUAUCUUGGCCUUGUUUGUUAAAAGGCUUUUGAGAUGGAUAUAGGCUACUUCUGUUUAAAGCAAUAUUUAAACUUUUAAGAUGGAAUCCACUAAGAAAUUGAGUAAUUUUAGUGAUUCAGAAAUUCAAUUUUAACAUUCAUUUUCUAGGGCUCCCAUAAGAAAGUUUCUUUAUUACAGGUGACUAAUUACAUCUUUAGCCCUUGAAAAAUGUAAAAAAGAAUGCAAUAUUCUUAAAAUUACUCUGGUACAAGGGUUUUGUGCGCUGAAAAUUAAAAUUACUCAAUUGCCUGAUGGAUUCCGUCUUAAUUACUAUUUUUUCUAAUCCUCUUUGAGAGAUGGAUAUAGGAAUGACCAGUAUCCAAAGCUACGUUCAAAAAUGACUUUUUGGAUGAAACUUGUUCUGUUUUGUUUUCACAGAACAGAAAAUGGUUCAAGAAUUUGAGCAGGAGGAGUGGAAUGCAACCUGAUGAUUCUUUUUCUUCUGAUGUAAAUAGGAAAUUUUAGAAUCCUACUUAAUUUUUAGAUACAAAAUAAGAGACAGUUACAGUGGAACCUCAAUUUAAUGAGCCUCUGUGUAAUGAAAUCCUCAGUAUAACGAACGAUUUUCUUCAGCCAAAAUUACAAUAAAAUGUUUGGAACAGAACCUUGAUAUAAUGAACCUUGGUUUAACAAAAUCCUCAUUAUAACGAACACAAUCUAGAAACCCCAACGUAAAAUAUACCUUGAUAUAACAAAUAAAUGUCAACAUGUGACCAAAAGAUAGCUAAAGAUGAAUGUGAAACCGACCAGUGAGGAGAAAAUCUAUGUGUACAGUAGACAAGUUUUAAGUAGCUUUGUUGGCCGGUUCUUGUGUUUCUAGUGCCGAAGCUAUGUACAGCUCUGAACUUAGACAAUAGCUCUGUUUACAAAUGUUUAUAACAGAAACUGGUCAGAUCUGGAAAUGCUGGACAAGUUUCCCCAGUCGUUUGGCACUUCGUUAAAUCAAGAUUCCACUGUACUCGAGUUUCCACUCAAACCGAUCUUCACACUGUACCAAAUGCUGGUACAAAAUACCAAUUAAAAAAGAAGGAAGUGAUGAUUUCUAGAACAAAGAAUUUGAGUAACUGUUUUUUAUUUUCUAUCGUAAAAUUUGUUUAUCACUUUGCAUGUACAUUUGGCAUUUGCAUCAAGCAGUACUGCCACCAUGGAAAGCACAUAUAUUGUUUCUUUGUUAAUAAUCCCCAGUAGAGAGUUAUUUGGUUUGAUACCCCCUCCCCCACUUCCCAACAGAAAUUCUUGGUCAGGGUCUCACAUGGCUAUUAAAGGUUUGGUCUUUAGGUCUGAUCUCUCUUUUGAAAUUUCCAGUGAACCUACUUGAGGUAAUUAUGGGUAUUUUUUGGAGGCAUGAUGCAUUGGGUAAACAGAAUAUCAUGACGUAAUUAUAAUAAUCAUAGUUGGCAAUUCUGUCGUAUUACCACUGUGUGAUAUAAAUUCUGCCCAUUGAUUCAGAAACAUAUUAUAGAAGACCAGGAAAAAUGAAGUUGAAUUCCAGACUGUCCUUGACUUUGGACAGGUAGCUCUCAUACUUUGCUUGGCUUGGGCCAUUUGCUUGUCCAAGUUGAUAAGUUCAUUACAAGUUGACUUGCUUGAGUAAAUAACCUCAUUUGAGUGAGUGAGCGUUGAAAAGUUAUAUACUCAGUAUGAGUAAGAAAAUCUUCUUGUCCCAGACUACCAGACAGGAUUCUUUUGAAGCCUUAAAGGCUGAUAAAUAAUUUUGAGGACAAUUUAUGACAAUACUUUUCGGGUUUAAUUUCAGGCACCUCUUCUACUUUAAGUUUCAGACUGUAUCCCUGCUAGUUUUGUGUCUUUUGCCAAGCUGAGUUGAGUAAGUGAAACCCUGUGAGCAGAGGCCCUUCGAUCCUCCUAGAUAAGUCUAGGAAGAUCGAAGGGCCUCUGCUCGCAGGGAAAGUAAGUGAGUAACAGAAAGAAAAAUUUUACAAUUUAUUUCUUUUCAUUCUAGGUUUUUCCACCGGGAUGUCUCUUGGAUAAUCCAAUCAAUGCCGUGACAACAAAAUUUGUGAGGACUUCAACAAAUAAACUGAGAUGUCCCAUAUUUUGUGUUGCGGUUAGUACAGUCUACACAUUGUUUUUUUUUUGCGGAAGUACAGCAAAACCCUCCCUCCCAAAGGCAACUUCUGUAUCCCUGGGAUAAUACAUUUAAAUAACUUUGCUCAGCCUCAGUUUUUGGUUUUCUUUGCUGUGCAUUUAUGAGGAUUCAUUUGUUGGGAAAAGUUUUCUUAAAAAAUGCUGAGGAUCAUAAACUUAUUUUGAAGAAAGUACAAGUGUGCUAUGGUAUGAGAUUUUCAUUGGAUUUUUCUGGCACAUUUGUCUGAAUCACUAGCAGGCUCGUUUAGGUUUGGUUUGAAAGACCUCUUUCCCUUCCCUUGUACAAGCUGGGUGUCAAUAUUGUGUCUGACCAUUGAAAAUUGAUGAAAUCAUGAGUGGGACAAAAACCAUGUUUCUUCAUUGGUUGUAAUGGUAGGUAAUAGGACUGAGGUAAAUGUGUUAAGCAUUUAAGUUGUUGUUAGUGCACUUCUUUGGUUAAUAUCCUGUGUAUGACCUGUAUUGCAGUGGACUCCCGAGGGACGUCGUCUAGUAACAGGAGCAUCAAGUGGAGAGUUUACUUUGUGGAAUGGACUGACCUUUAAUUUUGAAACAAUAUUACAGGUAUGUACUUUACAACUGUACAUGUACAGUAAAUCCUCUAUUAAGCCCCCUCUUUGCACUUGUAUAUUUCAUCCAUGGUUUGGGGAGCUUAUGUUAUAGGGGGACUUAGUUUGAGAAGAUGGUGGUAUCAAUUGUCCAUAAAAACUAGACUGUUAAGUGGAAAAGCCCAAGUACAUGAAAUUGGGGCCAGAGAUUAGAAAUCUAACUUCUAGCAGCGAGCAAAUAAUAAAGGGGGAGUGAAGCAGGAGCUUGAAAGAGAGGGUAGGCUCAAUAGCUUUUUCCCCCCACCCCACAAAAGAAAAAAAAUUGAGGGGAACUUAAUAGAGGAUUUAACAGUGUGUACAAUUUCAAGCACUAGAUGUAAUAAUGGAUUUGUAAAAAUUUGCUCCUGGCAAAUAUGUUACAAAUACUGAGGAGUAAAUUUAUGGCAAAGACAGUAAAUGCCACAUUUGCAUACCAAAAAACUAGGGAGGGAGGGGGGGGGGUAAAUGACUAGACAAUAUGGCAUUUACUAUGUUUGCCACAUAUUUACUCCUUAUUAUUUAUAUCUCUGCAACAUAUUUGCAAGGAGCAUUUUUGUGCAAAUCCAUUUUUUUUGUCCCGUAACGGUACACAAUUCAGAUAGCGUUACAUUAGGAGGGGAUGUCACUAAGAUUUCCAGUUGCUGGUAAAUACAACAAAUAGGUGAGGAAUAAAAGAGCUAAGGAUUUCCUUUUGGUCUUCCCCUGCCCUCUGACUUAGCCAGUUCCACCUUCUUUGUCGCACCUCACAGCUUAUGUCAUUGAUGUCAGACAACUCAACCACUCCCUUGUUUGUCCUUCUCUGCUGCCAUCAUGUUUAGCUACAAUAUGUUUUCUGAUAGGCCUUCCUUAAAAUCCCUAAAAGUACAUUGUGAAUUAUUGUAGUUUGCAUGUCCCCAAAAUGGUGAAAAUUAUUUGUCCCCAGGCUCAUGACAGUCCAGUACGUGCAAUGGUUUGGAGUCACACUGAUACCUGGUUGCUGUCGUCAGAUCAUGCGGGAUUCAUAAAAUACUGGCAAUCAAACAUGAACAAUGUUUAUAUGUACGAAGCACACAAAGAGCCCAUCCGAGGAUUAAGGUUAGCGGCAAGGCAGCAAAAUGGACCAUUUUUAGCUGUUCUUAUUGGUAUAGUAGCUUUUAUAAAAGUUUUGUUAGACUUGCAUCAGUGCAUCCAAUGAAACUUGUUUUAUUUAGCAGUGAUGGCAGAAAAACUAAGUGCGGAAUAUUGCAAAGGUAACAAGCCAUCCUACAGGGUGUUGUUUGGGACCAGCAUGUUAUACUUGAAAUUCUGAAAGAAAGACAUUGUAAUACCCUGAAAUUUGUUACCACAAAAGUGUUGGUCUUUUUACAUUCAAACUGUAUCCUGUAGGAUGAGCACUCUAAAUUAAUUUUAUAUAAAAUAAUUUUUUCAUAUUUUAUUAUGUGGCUGUAGUAAAAUGCUUAAGGUCCAUUAAAAAAAAAAAGAAUGGCUUAAGCAGCUUUUAUGAUUAUAAUAAUAAUAAUAUAGCAGUAGAUUAAGAUGAUUUGAAUAAAGAGGGCAUGGCUUACAAAAUGAAAAAAUAAAACAUUUUUUAAAAAAUAAAAUAAACAAUGACAAUAAAGUGAUCACCCUUGACCCCUUCACCAAUAAACACAUUUUAAAAAUAAAAUGCCACAAGCUUUCCUUUGUAGGUUCCUUGCCCAUCCCGCAGGUUUAUGAAACGUUGACACCUUGCUGCAUUGUCCUUUUGAGCAUCCCACACUUGAGUGUCUGAACAAAGAAUUUUUUUUUUCAAUUUUAAAGUCUGUACAGGUGUCAGUACUCGUUUUUAAUAACCAACCAAUGCUGGUCUUAGAAUCCAUAGUCAGCUACAAAAUGUGUAUAGUGACAUCCAGAGAUGACAGUUCCAGCAUUCAGUGCUUUCUGUUCACUCUAGUUUUUGCCCCUUGCAUAAUUUUAGCGCUAAAAUAUGGUAAAGUUCUUAUUCAGACUGAUAAAAUCAGUGGAACAGCUUUUCAUGGCAUCAAAUCCUUCCCAAAAUUGUUAAACUUUUACAUAUUGACUGAAAAGUCCAUCUGUGUUACAGCGCACUGUCUCUUAUUCCACAUGUCUUUGUUUUCUAUGGCGAGAAAAAUAUUAAUAUUAUUUUUGCUGUUUUGGUCUGUACCAUCAGAGCAUCAACAGCAUAACUUUGUAAAGACUAUCUGGGCUUUAUUGAGAAGAGGGUUUUACCUUCUAUCACUAGACCUUUACGGUUUGUUCUCCUCUCAGAUUUUGCACUGUUAACCAGUGGUUCAUGCCAGUUAAGCAUCUGAGCCAGACAGUGGACAGUGCUUGUAGAUGAUCAUUUGAUACAAUACUCAUGACCGUGAAAAUGGAAAAAAAACACAGCACAACAUAGACGGCAAUUUGAGCUGAAGUAGACAUCUGAACACUGGUGGUAAACUGCACUCUAAUAAAACCCCUGAUGAUCACCAAACUCUAAAAUUUGUCAUUUUCUUCUAAUGAUUAUUGGAAGAGAAUAUUGUCAGGCCUUCUCUGGAUUGAAGAAUGACUUUAACUCACACUCCUUUCUUCUCAUGUACUAACAUUGCCUCUGAAUGUAAAAAUAUUUUGCAUGUGAACCAAUCAAGGUAGGUGUUGGGGUUAAACCAUGCAAUUAUAGUUAUUAAUUUAACAAAGUUACAUCAGUUUUCUGCAUGGCAGGAGGGAAGUCAUUAAUUUUGCUGACGCUUUGAAAGGUAUGCAAUAACUUACGAAUAGCCUCAUCCCACACUAACAGAUCUGUUUUCAUGAAAGUUAUCUGCCCUCUCUUUGUUCUCCCAAAAUGCAAAAUCCUAUCGUACAUUAAAAAAUUUUAGGUGAUGGACGUUUUUGAUUAAUUUGUCGACUUUGAGCUCCUCUAAACAUAGUUUUCCUUGCUUUCUGACAGUGAUACUCUCUAUAUAUUUUAUUUAUCAUCUUAUCUACUUAAAAAGACAAUCCAGCAGCCUAUUUUUCAUUUCAAGUGGUCUUUUCAUUUUCAUUAUCAAUGUAAGAGUUUGGGAAAUUCAGAAAGAAGAUGGAUAAUAUUUCAAUGGAGUGAAAAAAGCAAAAUGACAACAUGCCUUACUCCUGCACAACCAUCCCUUGUCACACAGGGUUUGAAUAUUUUCGUUGCUUAUCAAAUGUAUUUUGGAAGUUGGAUUUUUAAUACUUCCCCAUCCUUCUGACCAUGGUUUGUACUAUCUUAAAAUAAUUUUAGUAGUCGUCUUCAAAAGUCCUUGAAAAGUGAUUGAUUUCUUUAGAAGGUCUUGGCCACUCUGUUUUUGCUAAGGAAAAAUUUGGCUCAUCCUUGGUGUAAGAACCUGUAAAACUCAUGGGUAACAUAAGGCAAAGAAGUCAACUCAAUAGAGUGUGGGAAAAACAAGAGAUUCAAAACUUUAAAAAAGUUCAAUGAAUUAAAACAAAAAUAAGUGGUUGUUUAAACAGAAAGCAACAAUAUUUUAUUUUGGUUUCUUUAUUUCAAAUGCUAUUUCUGUGGAUGCAACUGCAAGUAAUGCCCAAUGACUGUUGUCAAAUUUGCAAAGUGUUAUGGAAAGUAGUAUAAAAUAAUGUGAACAACCAUGGCUGAAGAAGUAAAAAUUUUACAUGACUUCAUUGAGUGUUUUAGCCAGUGAGGUGUUCAAAAGGGGGUCAAAGAAAGUUGAGUUAUUGAAUAAAUCUUAGACCUUGAAAUCUGUAAUAUCCUUGAAAAGUUCUUGAAAAGUCCUUGACAUUUGUUUGUCUGUAGUUGUAUGAACCAUGAGUAAGAACCUUUCUGACUUGCUAUUACUAUGGACAAUUUUAGAACCACAGUAUUGCCCUGGGGAGGGGGUACUGCCUUAUUUGGCCUAAACGGCUAGGUACCGCUUAACAGGGAAUUUUUUGUUUUAAAAAUAUAUAUAUUGUCUGUAUUUUAACAUUGUCUCCUUUAGGGGUUCAAAAAAAGCUUGAGCCAUUCCCAGAAUGGUCUCCUUUAGGGGUUUAAUUCAAAAAGUCCGACGAGCACCCUUUCAUAUGUGGAGUCCCCCCGUCCGCCCCUCCCCCGCAGGGCUUAACCAGCAAUUUGACAGGAUCAGUAAAGGCCUCAGUAGUGCACCCAACACUCAAACUUCCCUGAGUGCCCCGCCAUCUUUAGUAUCACUUCCUACUUGCUUUUAACUCGUGAAUUUUUCUUACCAGUUUGUGUCAGGGGGAAGUUUUGGAAUCAAAGUGUUUCUUAAUAAUCGCUGUUGGGGAAUCAAACUUAUGGCAACUUUUUUUGACACAUUUGGAGUGUACUUAACCAUGUUAUCUCAUUGGAUGAUGCUUGGAGGGUACCCCCCCACUUAAAUUCACCCAUUGGGUUAUACUGUGUUUCAGGAAUUAAAUGGGAAACAAAUUAAAUGAAAAUGUUUAGUCGCGUUCGUCAGAACACAUCCUAAUCUGGUGUUCCUGUGGCACUAAGGUAGAAAUUUUGGAGCUAUCACUGGCGACUGCAAAUUAGCCGCGCCUAUCAAUUUUAUCAGGGGCACCUCGGCCGGGAAACUGGACUCGUUUCAACUCGAUUUUGUUUCUGUAAUUUUUCCAUAAGUGAUAAAUACGGAUCCGUCAUCAGUAAUUUAUUAUCUCUAGUUUUAUAAGAAACUGUUACUGUGUUAGUGCAGAAGUAGAAGACAAUCAACUUAAUUGAUAAAACUACUUCUUGAUGGUUUAAAAAGAAUUACUUGAGCUUUUGAGCAAAAGCCCUCUUUUGAGACCUAUCAAGGGAUUGUUAGUUGUGUGUGGUACAUAUAUCUUUAAUAUUAGUGGAGCAUUAUUGGUGAGGACACUUGCAUGUUUCCACCAUUCAGUUUAUAACCACACACAGUCCACAAUCGCUUGAUUCACUCUGCCCCAGGGGCAACCAAAUGCCUAGACUUUCUAAUUUUAUGUUGUCGACAAAAAUGAAAGCACUAUACAAAGCCAUUUUUUGAGAACAGGAAUUUCUUUACCUAGUCUUCAAAUUAUAAUUGAGAAGUGCAAAGGAGUUCUUCGAGCAGCAGUUUUGCUUUGAAAGUGAAAACUUUGUCUUCUUUUUUUCUUUACCUUAUUUGAUUUUUUCAGGGGGAGGAGGCUUUGUGCUCCUUUAAAGGCUCAAGGGGUGUCAAGAUUACAGAGAUUUCCUUUCAAUCAACACCCUUUUAGAGUGCAUGCUACUCUUGGCGUAACCAGCUUUUCAACUAAUUGUAGGCCUGGCUGAAUUUCAUUUCCACAUAUCCUGAAAAUUGCAUGCACGACUAGUACACACUAACCUCACCAAUGCUUUGAGCUCUUAAGCUUUUUAGCUCACCCCAACAACACGUAAUUUAUUACAAGCGCUAGAGUGAUCAAACCAAAAAUUUGUAGGCUCGGGCCUACGCGUCUAUGGGCUGACUCAACCCCUGCCUAACAAUGGGAUUGAAAGUUAAAAACCAGUGGGUUGUACAUGCAAAGAGAAUUUUGUGCAGCAAAAAAACAUCUAUCCCCUCCCUCUCUUGGUAUACCAAUGUAUAGUGUAAAGAACAAUAUGAAAGUGAACUAGAAUUUUUUAAAACAACACCAACAACUUAAAUCCAUUUUAGAGGUAUGGUCAUUUUGAAGAGCCAUAUUCCUUUUUGAAAUUUUUGAUUUUUUUCAUGAAAAUUGUAUACAGUUGAACCUCCAUUGAGUAUCCGCCAAUUAAAUGGCCAGUAAUCUAAGUCCAAUUUCGCUUGAUUUCGCCCUUAACCUUCUUUUGUUUCAAAGUGAAUAUUCACAAACAGAACAAAGGUUUUUUAAAUCGCAUUUUCAUUAAUGGCACGAAUAAAUGUCAAGAACUUUAUUGUAAGCUUUCUAUCAUUUUGUGACACCUUUUAUAUUUGAUAAACAUAAAUAUUGCAUGGCUACAUCAAAUUAGUGCAAAUUAUUAUCCUGAAAGGUAAGUUUUCUCAUUUAAGUUUUAUUUUGUCUCAUUGCAACUGGCCUGUGUAAACUAAAAUCAUCUCUUUGGAAAUACAGUUUGGUUAGUUUUACUUUUAACGAGUUUUGUUUUUUAUGGACUUCAAUGACUUCUAUCAGAAAAAUGUGAAUAUUUUUGGAUUUGCACCGUUUUGUAAAUUAUUAAAAGAGAGAAGCUGUACUGAGCAGGGGAACAGCAGUAAAAGAUAGAUACUGGGAAAAUCUUGACGUGGCAGCAGGGUGCAGAUUUGAGUCACGAAAAAAGUAUAAAUCAUGACGUUCAAAUGGCAAUACAAUCAAAGCCCAUUAAUACGGACACUGAAGGAGCCAUAGAAAGGGUCCGUAUUAACAGGUGUCCAUAUUAAGUGGGUUAAAUUUAGAGAAAAUAUAAGGGAUUUCCCCUGGGAUAAAGAAAACUGUCCUUAACAACGAGGUGUCCUGUUAUCUAAGCGGGUGUCUAUAAAGCGGGAAAAGGGGGUGUGACCUUAACGUGAUACCACAGGAUUUGAUCCCCAGGGGGAGUACUCUGGAUUUCAAGUGACGGGAUGACCAAAGAAUUUUUUUGAUUCCAGGAGUUUUUUGGGUAGGAAAAUUUGGCAGGUAUUUUUUGGGUGGCUUGAUUUUAGUAGGGAUUUUUGGGGGUAUUCAAAGCAAUCUGAAGAUUCAUGGUAGUGCCCACAUAUCCCAGCUAUGCGCUACAAACACAAUUAUUCAAUUUUUAAUUUAUUUUUGGUGUUAUAUCAUUAUUUUAAUGCUUUCUGGAAAAUUUAAAGGCCGGGGAAAUGAGCAUGGGAUUUUGGGGGGGUUAAUUUUUGAUCCAGGGAUUUUUUGGGCUUUGUUGGAAGACCAAGGGAUUUUGCCCCCCAUUCGAUCAUCCCCGUCAUUUGAAAUCCGGGGUAUCCCCCUGGGAUCUGAUCCACGUGCUCCCAACUUUAGCAUUAGAAAAGUUGACAAACUUAUUUCUAAAUCAGUUCUGUGUCAAAACAUCUUGCAUCAAGCUGUUCUCUUCAAGUGCAAAAUUCAGUUUUUAUAGGACUUUCUUACUGCAAAGGGAGGUCAGAGUUUAGAAUCAGAUUCACUCUGAUUUUCAAAUUAGCAUUAAAGCUGUUCAUUGUAAGGAUAAAGAAUACUCAUAACUAACAAUUAGUUUCUGCAUCAGACCAAAAAGUAACAAAAUCAAGGCAAUCAUUUUUAUUUGGCAUUUUAAUUUGGUCUCCUUGUACUACUCACAGUAAAACCAAGACAAAUGAUUAAUUAAAUCUUAAUAUAAAAGUUACAUGUUACCUGUUACCAUGAUUUGGUGCUAACUCGUAAGUGGCUGGCAUAGUGUUCACCAAGGCUUUUCAGUCUUGGUUUUCUUUUUCAACCAUUGGAGUGACACAACCCUGAUUAGGAGUUGAGGAAGAAAAUUUUUUAACUGUAGUCUGAUUUAGCUUACAGAGCUGAUGUCUUAUUGGGGGGAGGGUUAACGAUUUGACUACUAUAACUGAGGCCACCUAGACAAAGCUGACCAAUUGGAUUUAAGGAAAAUAACAAUACAUUCCGACAAAGUUAGUUGUCAAUCUUAAUCUAAAUAAACAGCAUGGAUAGAAAUCAACCAAUUACAACCUACAGAUGUGACCUUUUGAACCCGCUGAAGAAAGCUGAAAGAGGUCUGUUAGAGCAGUGGAUAACCAAGGCAAAACGCCUAACUUUCCAGUUAAAUUUUUGACUUGAGGUCAUGAUGUUAUUGCAAAGAGCCACAAUGGUAGUGAAGAAAUUGCUAGUAGAUGACAAAAAUAACAGCUUGUGUCAAACAAAUGUGUCUCCUUGGUGUUACAUGACUUGUUAAGUUUCAAAGGGAAAAACAUUGUCUCAUGAAACAUUUUGCUUUCUUGACAUCAAUAUUUAAUUUGUGCUUUGAGUAACUUUUUUGUUUUUUUUUACGAGCUGCUGAUUGCCCUGCAACUAACUUCAUGGAAUGUAUUGUUAUUUCCUGUAAUCUGAUUAGUCAACUUUGUCUAAGUGGCCCCCGUUACAAUAGCUGCACUGUAGUUUGCCAGUGUUCAGGUGUAACUUAGGUCCUGUAACUCAAACCCCAAAAACUAACUUGAAUACCUUCAGUCACACCAAAACCUGCAAAUAAACCCGCUAGUCAUCAAAAAUGUCAGCUGUCUGGCAUCUCUUCUCAGGACCCCCCACAGGUUAGGGGUGGAGACGCCUGACAUUUCAGACUAACCUGGUGGUAUCCUAGCCAGCUGAGUGCAGCAUAAAAUUAAUAUUCUACUUUGUCCGUCUCGCUUUAAAUGUGACGGAUAUACAGGGGAAGAUCUGUAGAUUUUUUUUUGGCACUUUCACACCAAUAAUACACUUCGUUUGCACCCCAUGUUUUUGCAUAUGUAUGGUUUUCAGUUUCUCCUGGGUAUUAUAAUCAUCCUGAGAGAAAGGAAAAACAGUUCUCAUGCUAAAUUUUGAGGGGUAAUCAGAGUUAUUAUGGGUGAUGUGAAAGGAGUUAAUUGACUUGGAGUCCGCAUACUUGUGAUCACUGUUAGAGCUCUUUUAUACGCCAAAUCAUUUCCAGCCUUUUUUAUGACUACUCUUUAUUUCUGGUAGGCUAGCCUACACAGAUCCUUAAAUGAGAUCCUUUAGUGGUAACAAUUUCAACUUAAAGCAAAUUGUCUUUAAACUAAGUAAUGUCUGAUGGGUUUGUUUAGGGGAGGGGGGUCAGAACCCGCUGUACUCUCUCUUUGGAGCCAUCACAUUCUACUUGACUAAGUAGCACUGAAAGUUGAAAGUUACAAGUUUAAAUUCAGUAAGUAAAUUAGAUUUUUAAAAAUAAUCUGACCUAUAAAGAGUUGUUGCUCUAAUAAAAUAAUUUUAUUUAUUCCAUUUUAUCAAUAAAUAGAUUACAGCUGCUUAGUACUCCUAACAAUACACCGUGCCACUUCUGAUACUGCCAUUAUUUGAUGGUAGAAUUUAAUAAAAUGUGUUUGUUUUUCAGCUUUUCCCCUACAGAUAACAAGUUUGCCUCUUGUUCAGAUGAUGGCUUGGUAAAAAUCUGGGAUUUCUACCGAUGCAGUGAGGAGAGAGUGCUAAGAGGUACAAUGUAACCCUGAACCUGUGUAAUCCUCUCCUUUACCAUCUAGGGUCACUAAGGCCCAAAAUCCGUCUUUGAAGAAUAGUCCUACCAAAGUUCUAUGAAAACGUGCGGAUUAGCAAAGGAUCUAAAUUUCAGAUUAUUGUACACAAUUCUUAAGACAUUUUCAUCCAGAAGAUUAGGUGAGCUGUAAAGGGGAACAGGAGAAUUCUUGGUGGAGGUGUGCUGCCUGGUUCUCCAAAUCCUGACCCUAUUUCAGACCAAAAAAUGUCAUUUUCCACACCUGUUUUCAGACCAGACUGGCUCUAAAAUCCAUACCCAUUUUCAGACCUGGCCUUAAGCCAGAAAUCAUGUCAUCAUUUCUUAGAUUAGAGUGUAAACAAAAAUUUCUUCAAAUGCAUUUCAAAUUCACAUAUUUCUUCUUUGUUCUUAUUUAUUUAAUAAAGUUGGAACAACAAUUACAUUCAUAUACCUGCCAACUCUCACACCUUAGGCGUGAGUCUCACGCCUGUGGGUUGAAAACUUCGAUCUCACGCCGGCUCAUGCUUGCGGGCCAUUAAUUUCUCACGCCUGAUUGAAAAAUGUGAAUUGUUGCCGUCUUGCUUAACACAAUUUCCAAAAAUGUGUUAACUCAGACCCAUGUAAGGAACGAAAACCAUGUGUAAAAUGAAUAAAUGACAAUACCUUCCUCGCGAUCUCUGAUUUUGUGGAUAAGCGUUUUCUCGAUAACUUCGCCUUCAGCAGACUUCGGACAUCUUCGGAAGACUUCGGAGUUCUUCGGGAAUCUUCGGAAAUGAUCGUGUCAUCUUCAAAAAUCCCAGCACUCCCAGGGUAAAAAUAUCACAGUUAUGUCUCAGAAAAAGUUGGCAGGUAUACAUUCAUACAGCCCUGUAGUUCCCUCGAAAACGAUACCCUAUUCCAGACCAAAAUGGGCAAAGUGUUCACUGGUUUUCAGACCAAAAAGGACCAAAAACCCUACCCUUUGGGGCGGCACAUACCUAUAUGACUUAUAUAAGGGAGUACACCCCCCCCCCCCGGCAUUAUAGAAGGAAUCCAUCAGGAUUCAGUGGACAAAAACCUUGUGCCAGAAUAAUUUAAAGAAUAUAGCAUUAUUUUUUACAUUUUUCAAGGGCUAUAGAUGUAACUAGUUGUCUGUAAUAACACCAAAGAAAAUUUCUAAUGAGAGCCGAGAAAAUAAGUGUCAAAUUUAACAAAAUGACAUCUGCAGUUGAAAUCUGUAGAAUUUUCCCUGUGUUUUCACAAUUCUUGUGAAAAUUGGCAUUUAUUUUCUUGUGCCGCUAUGAGAAAUAGUCUUUGGUGCUAUUACAGGUAACUAUUAUAUAUAUAGUCCUUGAAAAAUAUAAAAGAGAAUGUGAUAUUGUUUAAGUUAUUCUGGUACAAUGUUUUGUCCACUGAAAAUUAAAAUUGCUCAAUUUCCUGAUGGAUUCCAUCUUUAAAUCACAUUUAACAAAAUGUGUUGGUUUUUUAACCAUUCUUCUCAUGGUUGCUUUACCAAAGUGUAUGCACAAUGUCAAUGCCCUUUCAUCAUGGGGCGGGGGGCUAGUGUAUGUUUCUAGUGUGCAUUUAAUGUUGUUUUGUGUAUUGAGAAGAAAGGCUUGCCGUGGCGCAAUUCCAGUUCCAACCCAUAUUUGUGUUGUUUGUCCCCAUUUCAACUGUCUUAUGUCACUGUUUUAAGGUACACAUGUCAGAAUUUUUCCCUAUCAGGGCCUCAAUAUUGUGUCUGGGGUAAUGCAGUCAAAACAAAAUUCUUAAUUUUUGCUUAUUUUCAGGACAUGGAGCUGAUGUAAAAUGUGUGGACUGGCACCCAACUAAGAGUCUUGUAGUGUCUGGUAGCAAGGACAGUCAACAGCCAAUUAAACUCUGGGACCCUCGCACUGGCAGUGCACUGACAACCCUGUGAGUAUCUUACUGGAACUAAAUUUCAAAGGUGUUUGAUUUUGUGUUUUUCAUGAUUAUAAAAUAUAGCAAAAUUAAACCCACACAAAUCAAAAUCCUUGCAAAAUUUAAACAUGUGAAAUUUAAUACCCAUAUUGAAAAUUCAAAUCACAGCAAAAAAUGUUUAACAAAUAAUAAAAAUAACUUGUAUGGGAUAUGUGUUGGCAAAUACACAAAUUAUUACUAAAUGGUUUUACUGGUAUCUCCCGUUGUUAUAACGUUAAUCUGCAAAGUUCCAGUUUAUCUAAAAAUUUUAAAAAGUGUAGACUUUUUGAGAAAUAUAAGGAAGUUGGAAACACUUCAAUAGCAAAAUUUAAUGCCCUUUUUCACAUCCCCCUCACCCCCCCCCCCCCCCCCCAAAAUAUUAUCUUUCCAAAAUUGCAACAUUUCAGUAAUUCUUACUCUGUCAUUAAACACUAAACCCUUUCACUUUUUAUGUUUGGGGAAGAAAACAAUAAUAUUACAAAAGAUAUAACUUUCUUAUAUUUGUAAAAUCCUAAGAAAUUAACAGUAUUAUGCAAAAGCUCUGACAGAGAUGAUUCAUUUGAAUGAUCACACCAUAGGAUUUCACUCACAGACUUAACGUUAAAACCUAUACAUACUAAAGUAAUAACCAUGUGAAAGUACUGCUGAAGAGGUUUCAUUUCAAUGGUAACACCAUAGGAUUUCAUCCACAGACUCAAAAGUUAGAACCAUGUACUAAAUACCCUGGUAAAUUAUAGUAACUUGUGAAAGUACUGGUGAAGAGAUUUCAUGGAAUGGUAACACUAAAGGAUUUCAUCUACAGACUCAAAAGUGAGAACUAUGUACUAAAUGCCUCGGUAAAUAAUAGUAACUUGUGAAAGUACUGCUGAAGAGAUUUCAUUUGAAUGGUAACACAGUAGGAUUUUGUCCACACACUUAAUAGUCGAGUGACGAGUAUUCUUCUCAUAAUGUUGCUCUUCUUACCCCUUUUACCCUAGGCAUGCUCACAAGAGCACAGUUAUGCAGAUCAGAUGGAACCAAAAUGGAAACUGGCUAUUAACUGCAUCACGUGACCAUCUAUUAAAGCUGUUUGAUAUCCGUGCUAUGAAAGAAAUGCAAACAUUCCGAGGUCACAAGAGGGAGGCUACGGGUAAGUCCAAUUCACCCUUUAAAAAAGUGAAAAUGGGGGGCAAAUGGUCUAUUUGAGUUAAACCUGAAAUACCUAUGGCCACCUCUUUUUUACAAUGUCGCUGUUUUGUUCCUUCAAUUUCUUACUCAUUCACUUAAAAUUGUCCCAUUCCAGACCUCUCUAUGGAAAGUUCAGUGACAACAUUUUUUGGUAAAUUUUAUAGCCCCUUUAGCUUCAUAUGAUUACUUUUUGGCAUAUUUCAGUUUCUCCAAGGAGGGGGCAUUAGGAGUUUGUGCAUUUGAUCCGCAUCAAGGAUAUUAACCUCCACUGAAUCAACUGCUGCAACCCUUUUCCUUAGAUUUCAAGUUGCCAGAUAUAUGCAGUUAAUGGGUAGCUAGAGAAUGGAAAAGCUAGAAAGUUCUUCAGUUGGUUCUAUUUUCCUUUUUGUUUCCCCAUGAAAGUGGUCAGGGGUGAAGCUCAAAAUUAUAGCUGGGAAUCAGCCCCAGCUGCAGCCCUUAGUGUCAGCUCUAGUUGAUCCAAUGCAGGUUUUGUUUAUACCUUUAGUCACGUGCUUUUGCAGUCUUCAUCAAUUAAUUUUGGUACAUUUUUAUGCGAUGUUACAUUUUCCUGUUUGUUUUUGCAGUUUUUAGACCCUCCUUAUGCCGAGCCCUCUCCAAAGUUUUUUGUCACUGACUAGUGGAGAAUAAUCAUCCCUUUUUCUGCGCCUCUCUUCCAGUCAUACCCCUCACUUGAGAGUUCCACUUCUUAAUAAUUUGUAUUUAGCUAGUAGUGAAGUUAUGUUGCUUGGCAUGUCAAUUUAGUGUAUUUGGUUUUUUUUGUAGCAAUCAGCUGGCAUCCUAUUCAUGAGUCAUUGUUUGUAAGUGGUGGAUCAGAUGGUUCCAUGAUGUUCUGGGUUGUUGGGUGAGUACAGCAUUCACAGUUGUAAAACAGGAAAUCAGUGGUGGAUCCAGGGAGAGGGUCUGGGGGAUCCGGAACCCCCUCCCCCCAUGAGACCUGAUGCUUGUUUGAGACUGAAAUUCUUACAUGAUUGAAUGACAGGAUCGUAUAUCGCUUUUUAACUGGCUGAUUUUUUAGUGAAAUGCACACUGCAUUUUGCCACUAAACUAAAUUUCAGGGAUAUUCAAAAAUGUUUUUGGAUACCCUCCUCUGAUCUUGCAAUGAAAUAAUCUUUUUCCAAGAGUUUGUAAUGAAAACCAACUCCUUUGUACCUACUAUUAGGGUUUGAUUGAUUUUGCUGGAUGCUAUAAAUUAAAAGUGACAUUUUCAUUAGGACAUGAAUGAUCUUCCCAGUCAGUUCUGACAAAUGGAAAGUGCCCUAAGGCAACAGGGAUGAUUUUUUGCCUAUUCAAACUGGCACUAUUUGGGAAUUACAUGUUAUUUUGUUUUGUUGUUUUAUCAUUUAAGUGCUGAGAAAGAUGUAGGGAACAUGGAGAUGGCUCAUGAAGGAAUGGUCUGGAGUCUAGCAUGGCAUCCAUUAGGUCACAUACUGUGCUCUGGAUCUAAUGAUCACUCCAGGUAGAACAGCUUAUAUUGUAGUGCAAUCACACCACAAGUUAUUCAAGUGGAAAAGCGAUAUAUAGAGGUGCUAGAGCAUGCAUUGCUGGCAUGUUCCUGGACUUAGCAUUAAGUUAAGUUAAGUUUGCUAAGUCAGGAGCCUUUGAUGCACAUUAUUUUCAUAUGGUAGUGGGUCUUUUGAGGCAGGGUGUACCCCCGGAGGUACUCAACAAAUGUUUAUACGGGAAGGCUCCGCCCUGAGGUCCAACCGUUUACCCUUCAUAUACUAAUUUUCACGAAAAAGAUACCCCUUUUGUAUACUUUCUAUUGUACCCCUUUCACUUACCUUGUUUAGAACUUUGCAUCCCUUUUAACUGCUGUAAAUGCACUGUCUUUUAAAUAAGAAUCAAUCACAAAAAUAGUAUAUUUUCUCCACUUUAUAGAGGCAUAAAAUUCAUCUGUUAGCCCUUCUGGGCUCUUUCACAGGCCCAAAUGACAGAUUUUCCUACCCUUUUUUAUAUUCUUCAACCAGUGAAAUCCCUACCCUUUCAUAUACCUGAAGCCUGAAAAAGAUACCCCCUUUGGGCGAAGCCUCCCCUUAUGGCCAUCAUAGGGAGUACCCCCCCCCCCCAGCACGUACCACAGGUUUAGAAAGUUAACCAUCAUCAUUUUAUUAAUUAUAUCACAGCUUGAACUUAUUUUUAUCAUUGUCUUUUCAUCUGACAGUAAAUUUUGGACUCGUAAUCGACUGGGUGACAGAAUGAGGGAUAAAUACAAUUUAAAUAUUCUGGACACAGAGGAUGAUGCUGGUAAGUCAACAUUACAUCGUGGAAGUGGCAUCUCACUUAUAUCUCUUUCUUGGAGUUUUCAUUGAUGAGUUUGUCAUUUGGAGUGUAUGUAUGUGGGAGUCAGGAGUUUAAAAUUCAUGUUCUCUGGAUUACAGCUUUGUAACUUUAAGAUUUAUCAGUUUUGUAGAAAGAUAUCUUUCACAGUUAAAGAAGAGCGUGUUUUAAUUUUAUAGAAGGCCACAUGCUAAAAUAAUAAUAUUAUACUCUUCACUGUCACUUUUAAAAUCCCAUAAGACAAACUUUCUUUGAGAAAGAUGCUGCUAUUGUCUGUAAGUUAACUGCUUUUAACACAACAGCUCACCUAUGGUAGACAUCUUUGAGUCUCUGACCAGGAGAAAACCACCUUGGGUUAAUAGACCUCUUAAGCUUGUAUGUUUUCUCAGUGCAGUCCAUGUGAUCAUACUCUAGAGAGCAGGUUCAUUCUAAUUUCAUCUCUAUCCCAUGGGGGCGAUUUGCACCUAUGCAUAUCUAUCCAUGAUUUAUGAAAAGACAAAGGGGCAAACUUCCCUUAGACCUUCAUUGGAAAAACAACACAUACAAGCUAAAGAGAUGUAUUAAUUUGGUGAUGCAGGGUAAUGGUGUUAAUGCAAUUUUAUUGUUCUCAGAUGGUGACCACCCUCCUGUUGUUAGUACAGCUAUUCCAGGAAUGGACACUACAUUAAAUCCAGCUGAAGAUUUCCCAGACAUUGAUAGAUAUGACUUGGGAGAAAAAGGUUGGUCCAAAUCAAAGUUAGCUAUUGUGUGAAAGAGGAAGUCAGUGACCUUACAACAUAAAUGACUUUGCAAAAAACUGCAGCAAGCGAUUUUUUAACGGAGAGAGGGAGAUAUAAUCUCUUUUAAGAGCUUGGAAAAUGCAGACUCACUUAGGGAGCAUAUCCUUUGUGAGAGAAGCAAAUAGCAAUAUUUUUUGUGCUAAUCUGUACCUGGGCUCAGAAUAAAGCUUCUCGUUUUACAUAUGAAACAAGGACGGAAGUUACCUGCUUGUGCAAGAUUGAUUACUAAUCUUGGGCACUAGUUUUUUUUUUUUAAUUCUUACUAACUUAUGUACUGAAUUUCGUAUUAAUAAGGUAAAGGAGAGUGGUGUACUUAUUUUUUUACACUUCCUGUUACCUCUUCUCCCUUUCUACAGGGCCAUCGCUUGGAUUUGGUAAUUUACCAGCUAAAAAGACCACUCCUAUUCUUCCAAGGCAGUUAGAAUCACAAAAUCCUGGAUUCACUCUUCCUAACUUCAAAUCCAGUCCUUCAAUUCCAGGAUUAGGGUCUCUGGGGGAAAUAAACUCGGCUGCUGAAAAUGGGAAUUCAAUGCUUCGACCAGAUGCCCCUCCUUUUCAACCGGGGAGGCCCGGUGAAAGGAACCACAAAGGGCCUUUUGAUCCCCCUGCUCCUCAAAGACUUUUACAGCCUAAUAACUUUAAGCAAGAACCAGGACAAAGGCCUUUUGAUGGUCCUCAGAGGGAUCCAUUUGGUCAUGGGCAACUCCGAGGGGAUGGCAGAAGGCCAGGACCAGGGAGAGACUCUUGGGAUGAGCGCCGGGGCCCUCCUGGCGAUUUUAAACCUCCAAGCUGGCAUGACCAGGGCCCUAACAAUCUUGGACGUGGGAGAGAUUUCAGGGGCCCACCCGGGGAUAGGUUUAAUGGACCUCAGGGAAUCUUGGGUUCCCCACCAAGGAACCUAGAAAUAGACUCACGGCCUGGAUUGCUUGGACCUGCACCACAGCAACCCCAGCAACUUAUGCAGGGAUCUGGUGGACCACAGGCCGGCCCUAACUCACAAGGUGGUGCUCCAAGGGGAGAUGACUUCCCUUUUCAAGGUAUGUGGAUUACCACCAAUGCUAUUGGUUGAGGAAAGUGCCAGUUUCUUUAACAGCCGUAAAACGUCCGAGUUUCAAUGCUUUUGGUCUGUUCAAGUCAUUUCAAGUGAUGUGAAACCUUUGGUGCUCAUUUGGGCCCCAGUUUGCCUCUCUUCUUUCACCUCUUAGUCUGUGAUGUUUUAUGCAACCAAACUUCCUUACUUCUUCACUUCACUUUCACCUGAAAAUGAAAGGAUCACUACGAAUGCUAAACAGACAGACCCAACUAUGCGUCUCACUCGAACAGCAGCCAGUUAUAAACUGAAGUGAACUUUUACCAAAAUUCCAAUUUGAUUUUCAUGAUUUACUUUGAAUGGACCAGGUCCUUGUGUUUUUAUACAUUUGUAACGGUUGGGUCUUUUCAUUUCUAAAGUGUAGUUUAAACAGCAAUAAUUUUCGUGGAACACAGAUCCCUUCAAUAACAUCUUGCCCUGUCUUUUUUAAAGGUUCUGCGCCUAACAAGGAUCCCAGGCUUGACCAGGGGCCAUGGCGACCACCGCCCAAUGAACGUGAAGAGAACAGGAAUGAAUUGUCGCCGAGAUUUGACAUGGGAGAUAAUAACCAACGACAUCCUCAUGAUCUAAGUUCAAGAGGAUUUCGAAGAGGUCCCUCGAGGGGUCGUGGUCAUGACUCGCCUCCUCAUCAUGGUCCCGAUAUGCAAGGGUCCAAUCCAGGAGGCCAUCAUCCAUUUAUUCACAACCUUUCGUCGAGAGGUUUCAAGAGUAAUAACCCAGGAAGAAAUGAAAAUAGAGACCCGCGCUGGGGAGGACCUCCAGAUGAGCCGCCACAAGGCCGAAGGCCUGAUGAACAACAUGGUUAGAGAAUCCUUCGCGUUUCUUUUGUACAAGUUGUGUUUCUUGGCAUGGCCUGCGAGCUAGCUCUCCUAUUUGAGCAAGCGAAGCGAGCCUCGCGAGAACGCGCGAGCGAGGGGCCGAGGAAAGGAGGCUCCCGCUCCCUCGCGCGUUCUCGCGAGACUCGUUUCACUCGCCCAAAUAUUAGAGCUUGCUCGCAGGCAAUUCUUGGCAUCGCUGUUGCAGAUAGCUGUUCUUGCUAGUUCCUGAAAUUGUAGUUUUUAAUAGGUCGGCGCGGAAUGAAUGAAUACUUGUAGUAUGUACAAAAUGCUCCUUUAUAGGUAUGGAGAAGAUAUCCAAAAAAAUAAUCAGGGCGCACUAACCGUAAUAAUGCAAAAGGGGCACACAACGACUGUUUCCUCCUAAAUACAUUGAAACACUUUCUCUAGGAAUGCAUUCUAAGCGGCCCUAUAAAAUUUGUAUCUGUUCUGUCAUCCUAGGGGAACUUGAGUCUUUUCUAAAUUUAAGGGCCUCAGUAUUAUUUUCCCGAAAAUUUUAGAUGCAAUUUAACGUAUUACGAAAGUAAGGAUUUUUCUGAUUCCUCUCCCCAUCACAGUUUUGAAUCCGAAAAUCUUAGGUUUCCUUUUUGCUACCAAAAAAACCCUAACCUGAACAGUCAAAUGUGAAAAAUUGAUCUUCAGAAGAUUGUAGGGAAUUAAUUAGAUAUAAGAUGGAAUGGGAUGGUCAUCUAGAAAUUUUUAGCUGUCCUCAAGUAAUGGAAAAUUCUAGGCAAUAUUUGGUUCUCCGAACAGAUAUUUUACGGAAAACAGUCGUUGGGUGCCCGCGAUAAUAUCUCAGUGAUUUUUGCAGAUACAGCAUUUAAGCUUGAAAAAGUUAGCCCGGUUUUUUCAAAGUUUCAUUAUACGUCUAUUCUUAUCAUCCAUAGCAACAGACGACAAGAAACAGGUUCAAUGCCUAAAUAUACUAUUUUAAAAAUAGCAAAAUUGGACCAUUAUCUUGGAAAUCAAUUUUAGCUUUUUAGAAAGAUAGCAAAUAGCCAGACAAAUUAGCUCCUUUAAGAUGCAGUUUACCCGUAUAUACGAGUACGGGCGCGGGUAAUCAACCGUUCACGUUAACUGAGCGGUGUCUCUUAAGGUCUCGAUAAGUUAGUCUAAUGUGCUUGUUGAGAAAAUGGCUUUCUAGAGGCAAGAAGCUUUGUCACGUAACUCUUUUACUAGGAGAGGCUUCGUAAGAGUUGAGCCACACUAUACAGCAUCUGCAAUCUCUGUUUUGAACUUCAUUCAGGUCUCUUCGAAAGGCGUGAUAGCUGGGGAACACCUCAACACCCCCAUGAUCCUCGAGGGCCACCACCGAGAGACGAACCACGUGAUCCACGCAUGAUGAGAGGCCCAGGCCCGCCGCCGCCACCUGAAACAAACGAGAAUAAACCAGCUAUACGUCCCCUAAUGAGUCUCAGUCCCCCGCCGCUGCCUAUAGGACAGGCAGGGUUUGAUUUCGGUCUUGAUGAUGAUUCAUGGAAAGGGACUCCUGACAGGCGAGGCAGGAAGCGGUCAGGGGAACAAGAGGGAUUUAGGGACGGUGACAGGGGGCCUCCUAAGGCUAUACGACCCGAAGAUGACUGGAGACGGGGGCCAGGUAAGAACUUAAUACAAGUUAGGGGAACUUUCCACCCCUUAGCUCCUGUACAACCACCCCUCCUCUCUUCCCCCAUUUUUUUUUUUUGAGGGAAGGGGGGAUGCUGAACACUGCCUAUAAACCUUCAACCUUUCAAACAAUUUAUAAUCGAUUUAAAUUUCACUGAAAGAGAUUAUGAUGUCAUUUCCGACAGUCAUAGUGAACGCAGCUAAUUCAGUAAAGCCCUCGAAAACCUUAGAAUGUACAGAAACAUUGUUAAUAGCUCAAGUUCGUAUCAAUCGAUCUUUCUAACACAAAUGUGACAACUAAUUACGGACACGUAAAUGAGAACGUGGUACAAAACCGCCAUGCUAGAGAGCAAAAGUCGCACUGGGACAAGACAAACAAGGGAAAUUACCAUUUAAAGUUAUGUAUGCCUUUUGUCUCAGUGUCUGGUCGCGGUGCGACUUUUGCUCUCCAGCAUGGCGGUUUUGUACCACGUGAAUGGCCUAUUAAAAUGCAGAGGGUCGUACAAUGGGAAAAAGAACUUGCUCGAUCCCGAGGGGAAAAGGUUUUGUUUUCCGUGGUGAUAUGGCAGCCACUGUUACUUUAUUCAUUUCGACUUCUUUCAAAGUUCCACUUAGGAGUAUUGAUCGUGGGUUUGUCUCUCUUUUUCUAUCUGAUAGAUCAAGGUCCCCCGGAAGGUUGGAGAGGACCAGAGGAUAAUUUUGAAGAUGGGCCCUGGCAUGACGAUGAAAGAGGGCCCUACCCACCAGGAGACAGCCCCAUGAGGGGGAGAGGAAAACCACGAGGAGGGAGGAGAGGGCGGGGAGUAAGGAGAUGACAUCAGCCGUUCCCUUCUCGCCGAUGUGGAAAAUUAUCCUAUUCAGUUGGGAUAAGUAAUGUCCCGCAGAUGCCUACAGGAAUACAUACAAGCCAUAAGCAUAUGCAUGCAUUAUUGCGUUGCAUCUUACGCAAUCUUCAAGUAUUUAGGAAAACGUGAAGAGACACUGUGUUUCCUGCGAAGACGUUUUCGUCGUCAGUGGUCACAUGAUAGAACCUUUAGAUUCUAAGACGAGAACGAGUACGAGUACGAGAUUUUGUCGUUAUUCUACUACGAUUUUUAGCGAAAAUGUCGUGUUGGCGGAAGCGAACGGUCAAAUGUUUGGAGGUUUGUUAUUUUGCGAUCGUGAGAGGGCUUAACCUCCUUCAAUAAAAAUACCGUAAAAUUCCGAAAAUAAGCCCUCCUUGUAUAAGCCCCUCCAAGUAUAAGCCCCCCAAACUCGUAACGCCAAAAACCCUCCGUUACAUGGCCCCUUCGAAUAUAAGCCCCCCCGGGGGGGGGGGGCUUGUACUUGGAAAUUGCCCUCAAAUACAAAGUAAAAAAAAGCAGAAACGGUAAAUUUUCUUCCAACUAAAAGCUAGCCCAAUCAAUUUUGAAACGCAAAUUUCCCUCCGUACAUGAGCCCCUCCGAAUAUAAGCCCCUCAAAAAGGGCCUUUGAAAUAUAUAAGCCCCGGGGCUUAUUUUCGGAAUUUUACGGUAUCGGUGCUGACUUUUUUUUGGGGGGGGGGGGAAGCACAAUGAAACUUUUCGUUGUGCAUAUUUUUCAACAAUACGCGAAAAAAAAUUUAGUUAAAUUUUUGUACCCGUACUCGUCCUCAUCUUUGACUCUAAAGGUCUCUAUUAACUGUGAACGGUACUGGACCACGUGGAGGUCCUAUGUGCCACCUCUCAGUUUGAACAAUUAUGCCAUAAAAAAAACUAUAGUCAUUUUACAUUAAUUAAGUUUUGAUAUUGUAAAUUAUUUGUAUCUUGGUUGCAGUUUGCCAUCGCAUAUGUCUGGUUUUCUUGGUUUUUUAACAGCCUCAUAACGUUUUGUUUUCAAGGCUUUUAUUUCAGCUACAGCAUGGUUGAUAAAAAAAAUUGUGUUCAUCUUUUCUCGGAAAGGACAGCGCGGAAAGAUAUUUGGGGACCUGGAUAGAAGGGUAUCUUGAAGUCUACUUGGAAAAUAUCAAAUCUGCCUAUUCUAGGUAGUUUCUCGGUGAUGUGGGGGGUAUUGAUCACUACAUGCCGUAAUAUUAAGAAAAUAGGCCAUUUCCGAGUUCCCCCGGGCCUCUGUUUCAAAACGAGGGUAGGUGCGCAGCCUUUGAUAUGGAAAUCAUUUUUCAUUCUCAUGCAAAUAAAACUCAUUUUCACUAGAAAGGUUAUGCACCUAGCCUCAUUUUGAAAGUGAGGGUUUUUGGAACUCGGAAGUGGCCUAUUGAAAAGACACUUCACAAUAACCUGAAAACCCAGAGUACAACACAAGGGCAGUGAUUUAUUACCAAUUAAGACUGGUGAAACUUGAUUUUAAGUUGUAUUCUUUUGCGAGGAACAGUUAAGGAACUAACAUGUCACCGCUUUGGUUAUAUUAUAGAGUGUGUUCCGCAAUAGGCCACUUCCAAGUUCCAAAUCACCUCACUGUCAAAAUAAGGCGAAGUGCACAACUCGUCUCGGGAAAAUGAGUUUUAUUUACAUGAGAUUGAAAAUUUAUUCCCAUAUCAAAGGCUGAGCACGUAACCUCGUUUUGAUACAGAGUUCCGGGGGAACUCGGAAAUGGCCUUUUAUUUCUGGUGUCGUUGGUGGGGACACGGCGGUCAGCUAUUGGCCAUUCCCUCGUUCCCUGAUUAUACUCCCAGAAUUCUUUUCGAAAUUACACCCGCCCAGUUUCUCGUCUCUUCUAAAAGUGACGAGUUAUGAUGGGAAGUUUCCACAACACCAAGAAAACCCCCGUUUUUACAGUAAAACCUAGUGAUGAGAAUUUGUUGUGCAUCAUAAUAGGACUACUACAUUGUAUUCAGCCGGGGGAGAAUGUGGUAUCCUCCUAUACUCGAGUGAACGCAGACACAGAAAGUGGGUGAUAAUCGGGGCAAACACCGAUACAACUGAGAAGUUUUUGUGUCAUAAAGGCUGGAGCAUUUUGAGA